CUGAGCGAGCGUCGAGACGUUGCGUCGAUUAGGCUGAGGCUCGCGCGAGUCGUUGUUGUCAUAUCGUUACAUUAAGGUUUCUCUCCGGUGGCUCGUCAUUCCGCCACUGCUGACAGGAGCGAUAAAAGGAUCGGUCGGCUGGUUUGUUUUUUUUUGAAUAUAAAAACAGCAGUGUUACACCUGGAUUCCUGGUUUGGACUAGUGGCAAGAAAAACCGUAACAUAAACAGUUGAAACAUUAUAGGGGAUGAAUUGAACACCUGAUGAUUAAACGAGGUCGUUUCGUCGGUUGAAUUCAAUCGCACGUAAAUCCUGGUUUCGACUAAGAACAGUAUUUAUAAACCGUUCGCUAAUAAAUCGCAGCUCGAUUUGAUGCCACUCCAUUUCACGAGGCAGCCACAAUCUCACAACCCUCUGAUGUAAUGAUACGCGUUUGUCUUUAUUUAACUUGCUCUCCGCUCUUUCCUCCUCCUUUUCCUCUUCCACCUGCUCCUUCCCUCUCUCGCCACCGAUCUAUCUAUCUGGCCUCGGCUCGCUGACUCUCGGAAUAACUAAAGGCGUACUUAUCUCGCCCAUUCAUCCAAUUUCUUUUUCCUUCCUUUCCUUUUACUUCUCUAUUCAAAAGAAUAAUACGUCGCGUCCCGACCAGUUCUUCCUGAGAUUUCUGACUUUCCGGACCAUGGUUGCCGAUGGGAUUUAAGAACCGAAGUUCACCGCAGCGAACCUUGUAAUAAUAAAAAUAAGUAUACACACAAGUAUCAUCGAUACACAAUGGGCGUUCCCGAUGUCGAACACGCCAAAAGACGUCUCCAGGAUAUCCUGCGACGAGCUCAAAAACUCGAGGUUUCCACUCAGGAAGUUAUCUCGACAAGAACAGCCCAAAAACUGCUAACCAGAUCCAAAAGCGCGCUCGCUUGGAGUAUUUGGAUAGCCAUCUUCGUUUUGACACUUUCCGCCGUUGUUUACUCACGUUGGCCAGUCCAGGAAGUUGAAACUGUACGCACUGUCCUGAGGAGAACGUGUGGCGCUGGUGCGACGGGAGAAUUUUCCGAAAGAGUUGCGGCGCUCCUUCACUCGUCGACCCAAGAUGACUGCUAGUCCCGGUCAUCGAGGCAAUCUUUCCAAUUGUAUCAUCAGCUCCGAAUAUUUUUAGAGUUUAUUAUAACAUUAAUAUUAAAGAAAUUAGUAAUUCAGAUUAAAUUAUAAAAGUGAGUCGACGUGCGUGUGAUAUGUGGAGAACGGAAAUCAGAGAGUGCGUCCUGUGUAUAUAUGCGAUUUGUGCGUGAUUCCGUAUUGGUUGAACGAUGAUCUUGUUUGCGAGAUGCAGAGACAGAGAUAAAAGAAAGUAGAGGAGGGGGAUCCAGGGGAACGGAAUGGAAUAGCGAGGCCAAUUUGUAUUCCAGAAGACCUCACUUGGCGGAAGAGAAGGAACUCUUCGAUUCGGGAGUAAGAAAUAGACGUGACGGCGGGUCGAAGAUGCAACGGGGAUCUAGUUUAAACUUCGAUGAACUUCUUGCUCAGAUGGCAUAACUUUCGCUUUCGGUUACCUCCGUGAAUUCUCCUAAUUCACACAGUUCGCCCUCAUUGUCAGAUGAAUCUGAAACUGUCACACCCCGUGACGAAUUUUGCAAUUACAUUAUGCAUAGCUGCCGCUGGAUAACCUAUUCGGUUCCAUGAAUCAUCCGCGACUGUAUCGAGCGUUUCACCGGACUUCCAAUUUCGCCGGACUCGUAGACAUUCCGGCAGACUUACCGAAAACGUACAAUUACCCUAACGUCAAAUCAUUUGAUCAAAAGUUUGCGACAGAAUGUCAUGAAUUUUCAUCCACCGAAAUCCCCUAACGUCAGAUCAGGAUCACAGACAUAAUGUGCACUCGCUGUUACGGUUACACGAUACAUAUUUGCAAAUGUUAUAUGCAAAUCAUGAUGACCAUUUUAAAUACGAAUAGGUUGAUAUUAUUUAACUACUAAAUAGACCGCCUAAAUAGAUCAUUCACUACACUUAACAUUCCGACGAUAAUUUUCUCCCUCAAAGCGAUUCAAAUUAUAUUUUAAACUCAUUCAAACAAAAUAAUUCCACCCUUUGUCAAUAAAACCGGGUUACUGUUGAAAGCGAGCAUUCAUAUAUAGGUAUAUUGUUUGAAAUGUAGUCCAACAAAAUUGUACCGUGCAAUUCCUCUGCUUUUCAUUGCUGCGUUUUGUGGGUGGGUAUAGAGAAUGUUUUCAUUGCGUCAGGGGUACAUUGGUGCAGAAAAAAAGUCCCGGUUGAAACUUUUACUUUCACGGGAUAACCGGGAGAACAAAAAAAAAACAAAAAUCACCUAAAAAAAAAACUCAAUAACAUUUGCGGACAUUUUUUCAUUCCAUGAACCGUCGGCCGCAUAUUUUGUCCGAAUAAAAUAAGUAUGUACGUAAUACCCAAUUUCAACCCUACUACUUUGUUUGGAAAAUACGAGAGAAACAUAUGAGCAACAAAAGCAAGAAAUACAUAUUCUCAUAGGGUGGGCAACACCUCCAGUCAGUCUGAUCAGCUCGAGAAAGCGCAGAUGGAAUUUUGCGCGCGUGGGGAAAAAAGCGAAAAUUGAGAAAAAGAUAUAGAUAGAAGGCAAUGAAAGAAAAAAAUUGAAUGAAAGAGAAAAUAGAAAAAAAAAAUAAGUAAAAAUGUGUACUUUAGGAGGAGAAAUGGAGCAAAAAAUCUAAAAAUAAAGUAGAAGAGCGAUGAGUUGGGUGAAGCAAGGCGAAGUUGCGCCUUUGAAAUGGGUUCGGAAGGUGUUGGUGCGGUAGCACGUGGAAAAAUAUAUAUCUAUAUAUCCAUAUAUGUAUAGAUAUACGGGAAUACAUAGUCUAUGUAUAGGAGGAAAAGGAGCUGCGGAGGGGGAGAAUAUAGCGUGCAGUUGCAUCGAGCUUGAGAAAAAUAAGAGAAAAAAAGAAGAUGGAAAAAUUACGGUGCAAUAUCGAAUGUUUAUGAAAGAGUUUCGAACGGAUGGAAAUGAUUCGCGCUUGAGAAAAAUGUUAAAUUUCAAUAUAGGGUGUGAAAUGAGUAUAGGCGGGCUGCAGCGUUGAACAAGCUUACUGCAGAGGGGUGUGGGAGUAUAAAGCUUGUUAGCUGAUGGUAUAGUUGCGUCGGAAUGCCUGGAUUUAUGUUGAUAGUACAUCCGUAACAUCAUUCGAUCGAUGUUCAGAAAGAGAAGCAAAACCGAGAACGAUAGAACCUGUAAGUCGAUGCCGAGGGAGGCGACCGAAAAAAUAUCAUGUGGGAAAAAGAUGCGCGAUCACGUAUCCGUAAUUGUCCAAGCAGAACGGUGGGAUAGAAAAUGGACGAAAAUCGUGGUGUAUAACGUACCACGUAUUGGAUUCGUGCUACGUGCAGUAGAAAUAAUGGAACCAAACGUAACCGAAUAUAAAUACGUACGGCUGGGCGUAUGUCGUAAUGAGAGGCAACAAUAUGUGUGUCGUGUCUGCGAUGGGGAUAGAAAGUGCAUUUGCAGCCUUCCGGCUUCCGGCGUGCCUAUAGAUGCUUCGCUCCGCUUCCAGAUUUUCAAUUUUAUCGGACGCCGUGUCCCGAGAACUACAACUGGCGCGAGACUACGGAGAAACAGGGGUUGGAAAUGUUGACCAAUGCGAUUGAAUCGUUGUUUUUUGAGAAUAUACAUAUUAUAGUGCAUGGGAUGGACAGAGCGAUUCAAAUAAUACGCGCGGUCUCAACCUCACGAUUCUGAAUACCGUUGAAAAGGUUUUUUCGAACGAUUUUUGAGUUAUGAUUUUGAUUACAAAAGUUCCAUAAAAACUACACGAUUUCAAAUUCUGAAAAAUUCGGAACAUUUUGAGCUGCGAUUCACUUUGAGAAUUUUGCCAAACGUAGUUUUCUUUUUUCAACUUCGAGUAAUCGUAACUCAAGAACGUUAUUCGAUAGGGAGCGAAAAAAAUUUUUUGGAGCAAAUUCAAAAUAGUGAGAAUUGAACCGUACUCGUGCUCACUUGGACCACCCCAUAUGCACUCGCAUGUAGAUUGUACAGAAGCAACUGCAGAAAUGUACACGAAGGGUAUACGAUCGCCUUUGUUCCGAGUAUGUUCGAACGAACGGAGGGUUACUGGAAAUAGUUGCAUGAUUCCCUUUAUAUGUCAUGGCCAUUGUUAUAACCAUCGGUGUGUAUGGUAGAAACAGAAUACCAUCGUGUAUUUCAUCCAUCAAUCCCUUAAUUAAUACGAUGUCCUAAUUAUAUUUCAUGGUAUACGUAUUUUUAUACAUGCAAACAUUUACCUCAUAACAAUGGUUUGCCUACUCUGCUAUCGUAAUUCUCG